AUGGCGGCAGCAAAGAAGAAGACGACUUUGAAGACGAAGACGGUAAAAGGGACCACCCCUUCUUCGUCCAAAAACGAAGAAAAGGAGGAGGAGGACUUGUCCAAACUGACCGUAAAACAGUUAAAGUCUUUACUGGAGAAGAAAAAGUUACCCACGGAUGGGUUGAAGAAAGAUUUAAUCGCGCGAUUGAAGAAUGUGAUUCGAUCGUCGUCGUUAAAGGGAAACGAAGAAGAAGAAGAAGCCGCGAAAACGACGACGACGAAAGAGAAGACGACGAAUAAAAGAGGGAAGAGUGAAGAAGCACCAACACAUGUCGUCGUCGUUCGAGAAGAAGAAGAGGACGAAAAGAAGACGAAGAAACCGAGACUUUUGUCGUCGCCGCCAGAGAAGGAGAAGACGGGAGGAGGUGAAACAGGUGAAAAAACGAAGGAGGAAAAAAAGCCUAUACCUAUUCUUCCUCCUAAUACUACUUCGGCGGAUAAAAAAGCGGCGAAGAAUGAUUUAGAUGACGUGCGGAAAACGUACGAGACGACCAUGAAGAGAGGCGCGUGCGAGGACAAGGUGGUUGAAGAACUCAUCGACGAAGGAUUUCUGGAAAGGUCGGUGUGGCCGCAAAUCCUCGCGUCGACGAGUAAAAGUGAACAUCCAGACGAGAAUACCGCGUUAGCGUUUGCGAAAUGUAUCGUGCAUAAAGCGAGAAAUAUGAACGUGCCGGAUGCGUUUGCGACUUUGAGUAAUAGUAGUAGUGGUAGUGGUAGCGGUAGUGGCGACGGUGGUAAUGAGGAAGGCGAAAACGCGUUGGCGUUGAAAAUGCUCGUGGAAACGUUGACGAAUGUCGCGUUCGAGAACGUCACAAAGAAUAGUCCUGAAGUUGCUGUGGAAAUGACCACGGUUGUUCGCUUCUUAAACGUGUUAAUGAAUGCGUUAGAGAACGAUAUGGCGCGUAAAAGCGCGUUGCCCUUAGUGUCUAUUCAGAUAUGGAAAGCUCGGGAAGAAAAAAGGUUGGAGAUGGAACUCAAUUCCGCGCCAGUCGAUGUGCAAAAGAAAUGGCAAAAGUUGAUGAAGAAGGAAGCGAAGCAAGAACCGACGAAGAUGCAAUCACGACGAAACUCGUGGCUGACCAAUCUCACCACAGUGUUUUUGGAUACAUUACCGGUUGCGCGCGCGAGCGAGAAUGCGAUGGCAUUUUGUGCGUAUUACCUCGAAUUCAUCGUCGAUUUGCUCUCGCAACUUCCCACGAGACGAUUUGUGCGUGCGAUUUUAGGCGACGCAAACAUCUUCGUAAAGGCAAACCUGACAAUAAACGAGAUGAGAAGCGAUGAGGAAGGAGCCGACGGAAACGUCAAUUUGUUGAAGCAGCUUUUGGAAAUGGCAAAAGAUUUCUACGAUUUUGAAGUCGACGACCAUACGGGAGACGCAUUGAGCGAAGAAGAGAUGGAAUCCAGACGUUCAAAAGUCACUCACGCGUUUCAACGCUUAUUGUUCAAGCAUUGGCCGGAUGAGUUGAAAGAGCUCGCGUUGUCCUCCGCGAGAAUGAUUGAAACGCGCUCGAGUUUGACGAAACAUUUGAAAAACUUGGAAAGCGACCAGUUGCGUAAACUGUGCUGCGAUCAGUUAAAGUUAGCAUCGAACGAUGACUCCAACGAUGUUGAGUUUAUGCAGAAGGACCAGGACCAAUUCUUAAUCGAUGUUAUCUCGUUUCACUUUGAAAAACGUCGAUCGAGAAGAGAAAUGGUGAACAAAUUACCGUUGUAUCCAACCGAAGACAUUUUAUGGGACGAGUCUCUCGUUCCGUUCGACGACAUCAAGAAAAAGGACGAAAACAACAACAAGAGCGCUAAGAACAGGAUGAAAUCGUUACCGUUAGCGUUGCCAAAGUUAAACUUACAAUUUUUGACCUUUUCAGAUUACCUCUUACGAAACUUCAACCUGUUUCGCUUGGAAGCGACGCACGAAAUUCGAGACGACGUCUCCGACGCAGUGCGACGCAUGCAACCUUCAAAAGACGGUAAAAGUUUUCGAGGCUGGGCGCGAAUGGCCAUGGCGAUUGCAAAAGAUGACCCGCGACAAGAGGCUAUUGAAUUUACAUAUAUUGGUAAUCCCAAUGUUGGUGAAGAAAAACCGUCCAAGGUCCGAAUCAAGAUGCGCUUGAACUUCUCAGCCACUCGCGACGACGUUUUUAAAGAAUGGGAUGAGUUGAAACGAUUCGAUGUGGUGUUUCUUGUUCAUGCAAAACAAGACGCGAAACAUGGUGACGCGAAGAACGUCGAGUACAUUCGAGGUGCGGAAAUUAUUGACAUUCGCGACGAAGAAGGGGUCCCAGCCAACGAAGGUUUCCCGGAACAGCUGAAAGAUGCGAAAGUUGUCAAAGCUCCGCCGCCACCGGAUGCGAUGGACGAAGGGCCAAAGAAACCGUCCGGCUACGAUCGCGUGUUCACAUUAGAAGUAGAUUGCGCGCAGUACCAACGCGAUCUGGAAACGUUCGAUGGAGAUGUCGCAAGAGUGCACGAGAUGUACAAAAAUUUCAACUGCGUCAUUCGCAGAAGACCGAAAGAGAACAAUUUUAAAGCCAUUCUGGCGUGUAUUCGCGAUUGCUUGAACCAGGAUAUGAACGCGCCCGAAUGGUUACAAGAUGUGUUUUUAGGCUAUGGCGAUCCAUCGUCUGCAUCUCCAGAUGCCUUGGAGCUAGAAGACUCGGAAAACAAUAAAAAGCGAACGAAAAUUGACUUCAAAGAUACGUUUUUGGACGAAGCGCAUUUGCGCGAAUCCUUCCCGGGGAAGAAGAUUGUUUUCGAUUCAGCAACACCCGUCCCGCCGUUCAAAGUAACCUUUGGUAUUGACGAAGAGGAUGCGAGCAGUAACGUUGUCAACGUCGAGUCGUACGUUCCGCCAGAUCCAGGUCCAUACCCGGAAGAUGUUAAGAAUCAAAACAUGGUUCGGUUUACGCCGACGCAAGUCGACGCUGUCAAAUCUGGCGUUCGUGAAGGGUUGACCUUAAUCGUCGGUCCUCCUGGUACCGGUAAGACUGAUGUCGCGACUCAAAUUUUGCACUGUUUGUACCAUACGAACCCGAAUCAAAGAGUCGUGCUCAUCACUCACUCUAACGCGGCGUUGAACGAUUUGUUUCAGAAGAUUAUGAUUCGCGACGUUCCGGAACGGUAUCUAUUACGUCUCGGACGCGGUGAAGAAGAUUUAUCGACAGAUAAAGACUUCUCCCGAACUGGUCGCGUUGAUUACAUGUUGCGCAGGCGCUUAGAGCUUUUGGAAAUCGUCGAGAAACUUGCCAUGAGUAUCGAUGAAACUUUGGCGAACGCCGCGGAGACGUGCGAAACGGCUGGCUUCUUUUGGAAAUCAAAAGUCCUGGCCUUAUGGGAGCGAUUUUCCGUGCUCGUUCUAAAUAACAAGGAAACGCCAGUUUCUCACGAGCGCAUUCGAACACAAUUUCCGUUUGCAAAGUUUUUCGCGGAUGUUCCGAGAGGGUACGAGAACUUGUUUGGCGACCCUUCGGAGGCUAACCUUGAAUAUGCCAUUCGCAAAGCGAAAGGAUGCUUUCGUCAUUUAGUUGAAAUGUUCACUGAACUCGAAGAGUGUCGCUUCUUAGAGCUUUUGAAAAUGCCGAAAGACCGAUCGGAAUAUUUGCUCACGAAACAGGCAAAAAUCGUAGCCAUGACGUGCACCUACGCCGCGUUGAAACGCUCGGAUUUUCUCGACGUAAACUUCAAAUACGAUACCGUCGUCUUCGAAGAGGCCGCGCAAAUCCUUGAAAUUGAAAGUUUCAUUCCUAUGGCGUUGCAAAGAGCGAAAGAUAUCGAUGGUCACGCGCGAUUGAAGCGAGUGGUGAUGAUUGGCGAUCACAAUCAAUUACCGCCGGUGGUCAAGAACCAAACGUUUUCAAAGUUUUGUCACAUGGAUCAAAGCUGCUUCGCCCGUUUGGUGCGUUCCGGCGUUCCAAAUAUCGUUUUAGAUGCACAGGGUAGAACGAGAAAACAAAUCUCAAAACUAUACAGUUGGAGAUACAAGAAGCUGGACGAUUUACCGCACGUUUCUACGGAAGAGCGGUUUCAGCUCGCCAACGCUGGCAUGGCGAAAGUCGCUCAGUUUAUCGACUGUUCUUCGUUCGCGCCGGAAUCGUGCCCACAACCGCAUUACUUCCAAAACGUCCAAGAAGCCGAGUAUCUAUGCUCUUUGUACCAGUGGAUGCGCUUGUGCGGCUAUCCAGCGCAAUCGAUAUCGAUUUUAACAACCUAUCGAGGGCAAAAACAUCUCUUGCGAGAUGUCUUCAAAGCGCGAUGCGACUCGCACCCGCUUUUUGGACCGCCAGCCUCAAUUUCCACCGUUGAUAAGUAUCAAGGGCAACAAAACGAUAUCGUUUUAUUAUCGUUGGUGCGAACGAAACACGUCGGUCAUCUCAGAGACGUGCGUCGUUUGGUCGUUUCCCUAUCGCGCGCCCGAUUAGGGGUGUACGUCUUUGGCGCGAAGAAAAUUUUCGAAAACGUGGACGAGUUGAAGCCGGCUUUGAAAACUUUGAUGAAUGAUACUAAAUUAGAUGUUAUCAAAGGUGAAGUGUACGGUCACAUCUCGCGAAAAGUCGAGGAUGCGGUAUCGAACGAUGUAAAAAAAUCCUUCAAAGAUAGCGACGAGUUCGCCACGUUCAUUGAUUCCUGCGCCCUGGAGUAUAAAAAAGCGGCUCUAGAACAUCUUAAAAACCAACAACAACAAUAG